AUGACAGCCGCGACCGCAUCCGAAGAAGGUGAAGCACAGAGUAAAGUCACCGGUUUCGGUACCAAACGUUACCGAACUUAUGUGCUCUCAGCCCUGACGCUCAUCUACAUUAUGAAUUUUGUUGACCGCGGCCUGCUCGCGGUCGUCGGUCCGGAUCUUGUGCCGGAGCUCGGCAUUUCCGACACCCAGUUCGGGCUGCUUACCGGUUUCGGUUUUGCGCUUCUCUAUACGAUUGUGGGUAUUCCUCUGGCCCGGUUUGCAGAUAGAGCUAACCGCGUUUGGAUUAUGACUGUGUGUGUUGCCUUGUGGUCCUUAAUGACGGCGCUCUGUGGGCUCGCCACCGACGUCACCAUUGGAUCGCUCACCAUCGGCGCGUUCUGGAUAUUGCUGAUGUGUCGCGUUGGCGUGGGUAUUGGUGAGGCAGGCUGUACACCCCCGGCCAACUCUUUAAUCGCCGACUAUUACGCACCCCGGGACAGGUCUCAAGCGCUGGGCGUCUAUGCCAUGGGCGUCACACUGGGCACGAUGUUCGCGAACCUGAUUGGUGGCUGGGUAACCGAUGCGUUCGACUGGCGAACAGCUUUUUUUGUGGUCGGUUUGCCAGGCCUGCUGAUUGCCAUUGUUUUCAAAUUGACGGUCAAAGAGCCGCCGCGCGGGUAUACAGAUCCGGCAGGCACGCAAUCCAAAGAACAGGUUUCGCUUAAGGAGGCGAUCCGUGAGCUGACGACCAAACCCGCUUUCUGGUAUAUGACGGCUGGCGCAACAGUUGCGGCUUUCUGUGGUUACGGAAUCUCCUCGUUCCAGUCAAUCUUUCUGGUCCGAGCCCACGAAAUCACCACGGGCCAAGCCGCCAUCUGGAUCAACACGCCGGUAUCUUUGUCAUCCGCCAUCGGGACUUUCGCAUGUGGCUGGCUGGCAACAAAAAUUUACCAGAAGCAUCCGGGUGCAAUCGCCUGGGUGCCCGCCAUUGGAUUAGCCUUGUCGAUCCCAUUUUAUAUCUUUGCCUUCACGACACAGAGUCUGGUGUUUGCUGCUUUCGGCCUGAUUGUUGGCGGCUUCGUGAAGUACGGCUAUCUGGCCGCCCAGUACACGAUUGGCCAGGGUGUUGUGAGCAUGCGUGUUCGCGCUAUGGCGACCGCAGUGCUCCUGUUUGUCGCCAACCUGAUCGGCUACGGAUUUGGUCCUCUUUUUAUUGGUGCCAUCUCGGACAUCUUCUUUGUCAGCGGAGUCGCCGAGCUUGGCGUGACAGCUGGGGAGCUGUCACGAAAUCAAUGUCAUCCGACGGUUAUAAGCGCGUUGAGCAACAAUCUGCAGAAUGUCUGCGGCGAGGUCUACUCCCAGAGCUUACAGUCGGCGAUGGUCAUUAUGGCUGCCUUGUACGCUGCCAGUUCUUUGUUCUUCGUGCUGACCUGGCGUCGACUCGAUAAGGAUAUGGUAGAUAGAAACUAA